CAAUCGACCUUCCCUACUUCGCAAGGGCCUCCACUUCCACGGGCAAAUCGGGCGAUCGGAGAAAGGUCCAAAGGCGCUCGCCCUCGAUUCCCCUAUCCCUCCCCUCUCUCUCGAUAGAUCCCUCGGUACGUUUCUCUCUCUCCCCUCUCUCGAUCGAUCCAUGCCGUUCACGUUUCGGCUAGGGUUGGGUUUGGGUCUUUUCGCUUCGCUUCUCGUCGGGAUCCUCGCGGUGGUUCUCGAGGCAGGCCGCGACGGCGGAUCCUUGUUGUUCCGUGGUAAAUUCUUGUUUCUGAUCCUUGGGGUGGGGGUUGUGAGCAGCGUGCUGCUCUAUAUGCUUCCGAGAAAAAGAGGUCGAGGAGGAGCUGAGAUCGAAGGGGACCGGCCAAAAGACGAGGUUUUGGGGAAGAAGGCCAGGGCGGAUUGCCUGUUCUCGGCGGAGGGGACCUCGGUGAUGGCGGAGAACAACCAGGCCAACGGAGUGAAGGUAGAUAUCGUUGGAACUAAGCAGACCGAUAUCGAUGAGGACUUGCAUAGCCGUCAGCUGGCCGUGUACGGGCGGGAGACCAUGCGCCGGCUUUUCUCUUCGAAUGUUCUUGUUUCAGGUCUACAGGGCCUCGGGGCCGAGAUUGUGAAGAAUCUUGUUCUUGCUGGUGUAAAAUCAGUUACCUUGCAUGAUGAUGAGAAUGUAGAAAUGUGGGACUUAUCUAGCAAUUUCUUCUUAUCUGAAGACGAUAUUGGAAAAAAUAGAGCUCAUGCAUGUAUUCUGAAGCUCCAAGAACUUAACAAUGCUGUUCUAGUUUCUACCUUGAGUGGACCACUAAUUAAGGAGCAACUCUCAAAUUUUCAGGCUGUUGUUUUUACUGAUGUGAACUUGGAAAAGUCUAUGGAAUAUGAUGAGUUUUGUCACACUCAUAAUCCUCCAAUUUGCUUUAUCAGAACUGAAGUUCGAGGACUCUUUGGCAAUAUCUUUUGUGAUUUUGGCCCAGAAUUCACUGUUCUUGAUGUUGAUGGUGAAGAGCCACAUACUGGUAUAAUUGCAUCCAUUAGCAAUGACAAUCCAGCAAUUAUAUCCUGUGUUGAUGAUGAGCGGCUUGAAUUCCAGGAUGGAGAUCUUGUUGUCUUCUCUGAAAUUGAGGGGAUGACAGAGUUAAAUGAUGGAAAACCCCGAAAAAUAAAAAAUGCAAGGGCAUAUUCGUUUAUUCUUGAGGAAGACACAAGUCAGUUUGGGCUAUACAAGAGAGGUGGAAUUGUUACACAGGUAAAGGAACCUAAGGUCCUCCAUUUCAAACCUCUAAAAGAUGCUAUUAAAGAUCCAGGGGACUUUCUCCUAAGCGACUUCUCCAAAUUUGACCGCCCACCUCUUCUACACUUGGCCUUUCAAGCCUUGGAUAAGUUUAGGCACGAUGCUGGACGUUUUCCUGUCGCUGGAUCAGAAGAUGAUGCACAACAACUUAUUGCUUUUGCUGUCAGUAUUAAUGAAAACCUUGGUGAUGCCAAGCUGGAACAGAUUGACAAGAAAAUUUUGCAGCAUCUUGCUAAUGGUUCCCGUGCUAUUUUGAAUCCCAUGGCUGCAAUGUUUGGAGGUAUUGUUGGCCAAGAGAUUGUCAAGGCUUGCUCAGGAAAGUUUCAUCCACUUUUUCAGUUCUUUUACUUUGAUUCACUUGAAUCCCUACCUGUUGAGCCAUUGGAGACAAGUGACAUAAAACCAAUUAAUUGUAGAUAUGAUGCCCAGAUUUCUGUAUUUGGAUCCAGGCUGCAAAAGAAGCUGGAAGAGGCCAACACUUUUGUUGUAGGAUCUGGUGCCCUAGGUUGUGAGUUCUUGAAGAACUUAGCAUUAAUGGGAGUUUGCUGCAGCCCAAAAGGGAAGCUGACAAUCACUGAUGAUGAUGUCAUUGAAAAAAGUAAUCUGAGUCGGCAAUUUCUCUUCAGAGACUGGAAUAUUGGGCAAGCUAAAUCAACAGUAGCUGCUGCUGCUGCAAUGUUAAUAAACCCAUCUCUCCAUAUUGAGGCUCUUCAGAACCGAGCAAGCCCAGAGACUGAAAAUGUGUUUGAUGAUGCAUUUUGGGAGAGCUUAAAUGUAGUUAUUAAUGCACUGGACAAUGUAACUGCCAGAAUGUACAUUGAUGGUCGGUGCUUGUACUUCCAGAAGCCACUUCUAGAAUCUGGAACUCUAGGUGCAAAGUGUAAUACACAGAUGGUAAUUCCUCAUUUAACUGAGAAUUAUGGAGCCUCCAGAGAUCCACCUGAAAAACAGGCACCUAUGUGCACAGUUCACUCAUUUCCUCAUAAUAUUGAUCACUGUUUGACAUGGGCCCGGUCUGAGUUUGAGGGUUUGCUUGAGAAAACACCCAAUGAGGUAAACACCUUCCUUUCUAAUCCAGGUGGAUAUGCUACUGCUAUGAGAAACGCAGGUGAUGCACAGGCUAGAGAUCUUCUUGAACAUGUUCUUGAAUGUCUUGAGAAGGAAAGAUGUGAGACAUUUCAGGAUUGUGUCAAAUGGGCACGGCUGAGGUUUGAAGAUUACUUCUCCAACCGUGUGAAUCAAUUAACAUUCACUUUCCCUGAAGAUGCAGCCACCAGUACAGGUGCACCCUUCUGGUCUGCACCUAAACGUUUUCCACGACCCUUGAAAUUCUCAUCUAGUGACCCUAGCAACCUUCAGUUUAUUAUGGCUGCUGCUAUUCUUAGAGCUGAGACAUUUGGAAUUCCCAUUCCUGAAUGGGCUAAUAAUCCCAAGAAAUUAGCUGCUGUUGUUGAUGACAUAAUACUUGCUGAUUUCCAGCCCAAAGCAGGGGUUAACAUUGUAACAGAUGACAAGGCCACUAGCUUGUCUACUGCUUCUGUUGAUGAUGCAGCUGUGAUUGAUGACCUUAUUGAGAAGCUGGAAGAGUGUGCUAAGAAGUUGCCCCCAGGAUUUCGUAUGACUCCAAUUCAAUUUGAGAAGGAUGAUGACACAAACUACCAUAUGGAUGUCAUCACUGGGCUCGCAAACAUGCGCGCAAGAAAUUACAGCAUUCCAGAAGUUGAUAAGCUGAAGGCCAAAUUCAUCGCUGGGAGGAUCAUCCCAGCAAUUGCUACAUCAACAGCUAUGGCCACUGGCCUUGUGUGCUUGGAGCUUUACAAAGUCUUAGCUGGUGGACACAAGUUGGAGGACUAUCGGAAUACAUUUGCCAACCUCGCCCUCCCUCUGUUUUCCAUGGCUGAGCCAGUCCCUCCAAAGACCAUGAAACACCGAGAUAUGAGCUGGACAGUUUGGGAUCGCUGGACCGUUGAAGGUGACCUCACCCUCAGGGAGCUGCUCCAGUGGCUCAAGGAGAAGGGAUUAAGUGCUUACAGCAUUUCCUGUGGCACUUCAUUACUAUACAACAGCAUGUUUCCCAAGCACAGGGAUAGAAUGGAUCGGAAGAUUGUUGAACUUGUGAAGGAGAUCGCUAAGGUCGAAGUGCCUCCAUAUAGGCGACAUGUGGAUGUCGUGGUGGCAUGUGAAGAUGAAGAGGAUGGAAGUGACGUAGACAUCCCGCUAGUAUCCAUCUAUUUCCGGUAGUUGAGUUCAAGACUUACUAAGCUUGAAACUCUAGCUGUGUUAAAUUGUUGAUUCCGUCAAUUACUUUUUGUUUGGAGUGCAUACUUUUUUUAUUCUGUAAGUUGAUGAAUUGAUGUUCUGCAUAGGACUAUUACAAUAACCUCAGAAUUAUGAAACAUCUUUAUAUUUCACUCA